AUGCUUCUGGUGGCAGCUUUUGACUUCGGAACCACAUACAGCGGUUAUGCUUUCUCCUUCCGAGACGAUCCCAACAAAAUUCAGACAAAUCAGAGCUGGUAUGCAGGCGGUGGGGCUUCGCGAUUAGUGUCACUGAAGACGCCGACAUCCGUACUCUUAACUCCAGAGGGAGAGUUUGACAAGUUUGGUUUCGAGGCCGAGGACAAGUACGCAACCCUAGCUGAAGAUAAUGAGCACCACGGCUGGAGGCUUUUUCGACGGUUUAAAAUGGUUCUUCAUAACAAUACGCAUUUGACGAAAGACGUUACGGUAGAGGACUUUUGUGGAAAACGGAUGACAGCUUUCCCGCUGUUUGUCAUGUCGAUCAAAUACCUCAGAGAUCAUCUACUAAAAGCAGUUACCACGCAAAAGAUAGGAAUCGAAGAGACAGACAUAUCGUAUGUGUUGACCGUCCCGGGUAUCUGGGAUGACAAUGCAAAAAGAUUCAUGAGGGAUGCAGCAGUUGCAGCUGCAAUCGACCCCGCCCGCCUUAAGCUGGCCUUGGAACCUGAGUGUGCCUCCAUAUGGUGUGAAACAUUGGGUACAGACGUCAGGGGCGCUGUAGCCAUUGCGGGUUCACAGUACAUGGUCGUCGAUCUAGGAGUUUGCUUGUCUGUUUCAUUGCGCGACCUUGCUGAUAAACAUUUUAAACACUCUGUAGAGGAAAGAAUUGCGGCUAUGGACAUUCAGGAAAAUUCUAUUACACCGAAAGGUAAGGACAAGCUGAAAAUCGUUGGCACAUUGAUCCAAUCAUGGUUCAAAGGGUCAAUUGAUCUGCUGAUCCAGCAUAUAAAGUCACUUUUAGCAGAAGCAAAGAUGGAACACGUGCAUACCAUUAUUCUUGUAGGCGGUUUCGGUGAAAGCCCUUUUGUUCAGGAGAGAAUGAGGAAUAAAAUAGCUGGCGUGACACUGAUCGUUCCUCAAGAGGCGGGCCUCGCCGUGUUAAGAGGAGCCGUGAGGUUUGGACACAACCCCUCCAUUGUUUCUUCACGGAUCAUGAAAUACACCUAUGGGCUAAGAGGGUAUGACACGUUUGACGAAAAGAAGCACGCAAAUGAGAAGAAAAUAUGGAUGAAUGAAAGGUGGGUGGUGUCUGAAUGUUUCAUUGUGUUCGUGCGGGUGAACGAGGAGGUGCGAAUCGAUCAACAGCAGACCAAGACGAGUAUUCCUACUCGUGAAACAUCCCACAUAUCCGUCUAUAGAACGACACAUGAGAACCCAGUGUACGCAACAGACCUCGGAUGUGAACUGCUAGGGACUGUUGAGCUUGAAAACAGCACCGAUAUUCCAUUUCAGCAGCAGAUUACAGAAACUUUGUUUAUGUUAGGGGAUACAGAACUUCUCGUCAAACUUAGGAACACGGCUACUGGAAAAGAAGCCUACAUGCUCUUUGAGUGCUUCAAAUAG